AUGGCGAAAAAAGACCCACUGCUGACUUAUACCUGUAAUGUGGUGAACCUAAGCGACUUCGAUAACUCCGAAAUCAGACAGGCAGUCCUGCCGCGUAUAGAGAGCGACUAUGACUACCCUCCGGACCUCCAAACCUGCAAAGCCUUCCUCGUGUCGGCUGCUAAAGGGAAAUACGGCCGAAUCGAGGCUUUGCCCACUGUGGAAACUAUUUAG